CGCGCCUAAUUCCCUACAUAAACAACACAUCAUCGUCAAAUAAUCAUUCACAUCAUCCUCCACACCAUGGCGGCGGCGGCAGGCAGCGGCGUGAACAACAAGAACUUCCACCUCAAAGUGGUGGCGAUCGUGACCACCGCCACCGGCCCCAACGGCACCCCCGUCACUCGCGAGGCCGAGCGCGUCUUCACCCUCCCGUUCGAGCCGAUGCUGAACGAGGACAGCGCGAUGCCGUACGUGCGCAAGGUGGUGGAGUCCUUCCUCCCCAUGAAGAUCCCCGACCCCGAGGACAACGUCGCCAUCGUGGACAAGGUCGCCGACGUCGCCCUCCGUCUCUUCGUCGCCCUCGAACGUGAAGAGACUGACAAGAACAACAACAAGACUGCUGCUGCUGCUGAGGCUGGUUCGGGGAUUGCUGGCUUUGAUGCGGAGAGGAAGUGGUUUUACUCCAAGGACGGCCUGCCGCAGACCAAGGUGACGAUCUACGUCGCCCAUGAUGGUUUCGUCUCUGUUGUCGGCGACUUCGAGUCGGAGGACGACGAGGAUGAUACUGAUUCUGAUGAGGAGGAUGAUGAUGGUGAGGAGGAAGAAGGUGGCGUCGAGGACAUGGAGAAGAAGUAGAAGAUCGAGUGGCUGUUGCCCUAGCGAUGGCCUACGUGCAUGCAUGGUGGUGUGCUAUGCUAUUAUUAUCAUUAUUAUUAUUACCUAUGGAAAGACUAUGGCGCUGAGUAUUAUGUCUGUUUGUGUCCAGUGUUUCGAGAACUGAAAUUUCUGUGUUCGCGUCGUCGUUUGUUAUGUGAAACGACUAAUAGUGAUGUUGUUGUUGUUGUUGUCAGUGGUUGGUCACUGUUUAUGUGUAAUGAGAAUCGUUAUAUGGUCUCGAUCGCUUUUGAUUAUAAGAUGGUCAAACAAUUAUAUUAUAUAUGCUUGAUAUGGGUAUUAUUAUAUAUGGUGGAAUAUUUUCAUGCAUUUCCAAGUUUUUUAUGUUGAAAAAACUCGUUGUUAGUGAAAUACUGUUAGUUGUCUUCAAUGCGUGAAAAUUUUACUUGUAGUUAAGUUUGUUUCCAUGUUAUGGCUAUUUCAACUUAGAAUGGCACUUACAAGUUUUCGACAAAACAUGUUAAUAUGAUGUCUAGUCUCUAUCAUUAGACUCAACGAAGUCUAUCUGCUUGAUUCCAAGGAAAACUGUCUUCUAUGUUUUGGGAGAAAAUUGAUUUUGUCAGGUUCCAGGUUGCUAGAAUAUGCUUGGCAUCCAAAUACUCUCAAACUGGUAUAGUUACUUCAAACAAUUUCUCUAAAUAAGUUUUGUUGUCAAGAAUAGGAGUUGGUGUCCUAUUUAUCAAAUAUGCAACAUGCAAUACAAAGAAUGUACAAUCUCCAAGAAUGUACAAUCUCUUGUCUGCUCGAAUUGAACCAAUCCUUUGUUGAGAGACAAGGUCUCGCGUAUAAAACAAAAGUAGGAUUGAAAUAAAAGUGAGUUUGGUGAACUAUAUUGGUUAACUGAUUGACUGACUUAUGGAGACGAGAUUGUAUGCAAAAGUGGCAACCAACAAGACAUUAGUUAGCUAGUAAAACUCCACAUGACAACUUAACAAUGCAUAUAUGAGUAGCGGUGUCUGUUUUCCAUUUGGCAGAGAGACAAGCAUUAUUCCAUGAAUAAUUUUACAUCUUAAGAAAAUAGACAUGUUAAUCCUAGUAAUGGACAUAAGAUCAUCAUGUGAUUGCUAGUUGGCUUAGUAAAAAUAAGUAAAUAAAUAAAUAAUAAUAGUAUAAUAAUGGAGAAAUAAAUGCACAAAUAAAUGCUACGAGAAUCAGGUAAGGGUUUACCGUUACGUAAAUCUCAUUUUACUUCUUUUUAACUUACCGUAACGUAUUUUUUACUCCCACCUGUAACGUAAUGCACACGCGAUGACAUCAUGCUACUCCUAGCACUGGCAGCCACCACGACAGACCCUCUGGUGAACGAGAACAGUCCGGCACCAGUUGAGCUAUCAUCCAUGUUACAAGCAUUGUCGUCGAGAUCAGCAGCGACCCCAUUUUACUACGGUUCAUGGAAAGAAAUGUAACACUAUAUCUCUUUAUGGCAAAUAUAUGAAGUCAUUAUGAAGAUUUGUCAAAUUUUCAGAACCGGAUCGGAUCUUUAAUCGAAAAAACUUGGUCAUUGAUGGUUUUUAACGGUUAACUAUUAUAGAGCGCCAUUGUUCAACUGUUGAUAGAACCCCAUUAAUGCGAUGUAAUAUAGAGUACAGAUAAAUUUACGAGUGAAUUUAUCACUAACCAUAGAAAAAAAAAUUCAAAUCUAUAUCAUCUAUCACUGAAAAGUUCUAAGAAAGCAUUCAAACUAUCUCUCGAAACAAAUCAUAAUUUUUUUUCUUUCUUCUUAUUAACUUCAAGUCUACAAAAUACAAUAAGUGAAUGUCAAUAUAUUCAUUCUGCCACAUCAGCUCCGGCUGAAUAACCCGUACAGUGCGGAGGGAGAGAUUAGUAAAUUCCCUCAAUGCCUCCCUCUCUGUGCCUCCACUAUCCAGGUCCAACCCCGUUUCCGAAAAUCUCAACUGCUCCCUGAAAUCUCCCCUUCGCCGGCCUUUCCCUUACUCUGCCGCCGCUUUUUUAUUCCUUCUUUCUGUUCGUUCUCACCCCUGCACCUUAAUCUUGCUCCUGGAAAUCAACAAUUUAUUACUACUCCGUGGACCAGAAGUCCACGCUGCUGCCGCUUGCCUCUCCAUUUCCAUCUGCCGCUUCUUUCUUCCUUCCUUCCUUCCUUCAAUUCUACGUACUCAACCACCAAAGUUGUUAGUGAGCUCAAUUGGUUUCCUCCAUAUUGAUCUUUCAAAAUAUCAUAUUUGUGAGCUUUAGUGAGGUUACUUGUGUUUCAAUUACAGGAUGAUGUUGCUACAUUCGCAUCUUGGUGUUGGGUUUACGUUCAUCAAGUUUGGGUUACAAACUUACAGUUACGUCCUUCUCCCCCAACUCCAUUGGCACUCUUAGAUACUGCCAACAAAUAAUUGUUUAGAUUGUUGUGGUCAAUUGCGUUGGGUAAGAAAUUAGCACCUUUGCAUUGAUAGUUGUGGGAUCUCUGCCUCUCACGCUAAAGCUCUUUUCCCAUGCAUUUGGGUGUAUAUUGAAUCAGUUGAAAGGGAUAGUGAAAAAAGUAUGGAUAUUUUAGUUCAAACACCAAGUUUGCAUUUCUGUGUUCAAAUGCUACUGCCGUUAUGUUUCUGUUCUUCCAAGAACCCCUUUUUCACCUUUCGAUUAGUAAACUGAAAUGGAUUAA